CGCCAUCGUGUAUGGUUGACUGUGUAUUAUGCCCCAACAAUUGCGGUGCAUUCAAACAAACUGAUCGUGGGCUAUGGGCUCAUGUUGUGUGUGCGUUAUGGAUACCAGAAGUUAGGUUUGCAAAUACUGUGUUUUUAGAACCAAUAGAUAGUGUUGAAACAAUUCCUACUGCUAGAUGGAAACUUACAUGUUAUAUUUGUAAGCAACGAGGUGUAGGAGCAUGUAUCCAAUGCCACAAAUCAAGUUGCUAUGCCGCAUUUCAUGUCACAUGUGCUCAACAAGCUGGCUUAUAUAUGAAAAUGGAGACUAUAUCUAAUGAUAUUUCUAAUAUUGGUAAUAGUAAAUUGAUUUUUUUUUAAAUUCUUUCAAAGUUUCUAUUUUACACAUUAUAAUAUUAACACAUAGACUGCCAUGUGGCCACCGGCGGUCAUUUGUAAAUUUCAAAUUGUAUGUUUUUGUGACCGCCGGCAGCCACAGUUGAUCAUUACUACUACGCCACAUGACCGCCGGCGAUCAUAAAUGAAUAUGGUUUUAUAUUAUUAACUUUUUCAUGGCGCUACAAUAAUGCACCCAAAAAAGUGCCGUGGCGUAGCGGGAAUCAUUACAAAUUUUUUGAUGUAAUAAAUGUAUUUUUAAAAUUUUUUUUAUAUUUUUAAACUUUUUUUCAAAUACAUAGUAUAAUAUACAAAUUUGGAAUGACACUGAAAAAUAUACUUGGCGUACAGAUGAUACAUAAUCGUGUGACCGGUGGCAGCCAACGUGUUAA